AUGAGUGCAUGGGACAAGCCAGAAGAGCUCCAGAGGCCAGUUCCUGACGAAAUCGGCGUCUCUCUUCAGGAGGACGACGAUGAGGCAGACACGGCCGAAGACAUGCACGCGCAGGCUGCGCAGGUGGCCGAGUUUGUGGCGGAAAUGGAACUCGCCAGCCCAGAGAUUCUGAGGAGUCGGCGGAGCCACAAGAUAGCAGCCUUCUGGAGCCAUUCAUGGCAUGGGGCGCGCUGGAAGAAGAUUUUGACGCUCGUCACCAUCUACAACGGCCAAGCGGCCAUCAUGUUGGGCAUCUUCGUUGCAGUUGUGAUGAUGGUUUUGUUCUGUUUGGUGGAUCUCCCUGGUUACGACCGGCAUGAUGGACACUACCACAAAGAACACUGGUCGGUGUGGUCCACGUGGUCUGGUUUCUGGGCCACUUCUUUGGUAGCGAUCUUUUGGCGGCCUCAGACUCAUGUCUUCCUGGACCGCAUCUGCAUCAGUCAGAGCAAUGCAGAACUGAAGCUGAAAGGUCAGUCUGGCCGGACUUCUACGAAGGUCGGAGUCGAUGCUCGUCCUCUGGGAUCCAACGUGGACCACGAGGAAUUGGCGGCCUUCUUGAAAAGCAGCGAGCAUGAGCAUGAGGGUGAGAAGCGAAAGCUGAUCAUCGCGCCAACCCUUCUGGGGCCAGUUCGCAGUGGAAUCUUCCUGACUGCCACCGCUGGCGUGCUUGCUUGGAUAAUGUCGCCUGCGGUGGGGGCCUCCGUUUCGAGUCCGCAGGAUUAUUUCAAUUAUUUCCUCAACACAGCUUUUGGCACCCUGGUCGUUCUCCUUGUAGUCGCCUACGCGCUUGUCAGCACUUUGAGAAGCUAUUUUCGAGAUUUGGACACUAUGAGGCAACAACUGCUAUCUGUCUCCUUCGAUACAGCUCUUUGUGACUGCUGCACCAACAACCACGUCACACCAUCCGGUGCCCCUAGCACGUGUGACCGGAAAAUUUUAAAGGUUUGUCUGGGCAUCUGGUUCGGCAGCUCGGAAUCGUUUGAGCGCACGCUGCGCUCAGAAGUUCUGGCGAUUUUGGAACAGGACCUUGAGCAAGUUUUGACCACACGGUCAACAAUCGCAAUAUUUGUGCCAAUAAUGUGGGGCUUCAUGGACUAUUCCGCUACCUUCUCACGGGUUGAAGGACCCUUCUGGAGUCACAGCUCCCCGGCUGUAUUCGCUGAUGGUUUGGUGGUUUGGCUCGUGGGCAUGCCAACGUUGAAGGAUUGGGCCCUGCUUGUUUGCAAGCUUGCACGGGCAAGGCCAAGCAAUCGGUGCUUGGAGGGCAUGAAGAACACACUGACUGUAUGUAUAUCUCUGAUCCCACUCAUAAGCAUUGGGCUCAUUUUCACGUUUGCAUAUAGUCUUCCCCUGCUCACGCCGGGACAUUCGGGAGUGGCCAUUGCCGGUACUCUGAUCCAUGCCGUGUUAUUCCAGCGCCUCGGGGCUGUCCUCAGGUCUCUCCUUGGAGCCCAGACAUAG